AGACGUAGUAGAUCACCGCCAGAGCUAGCCACAAUCUUGGUCGGAAGUUUUGGCGGAAAAUUUCCAAAACCUCCAAUUUAGCCCGAGGUAAAUAGAAAGAAUGAAGUACCAUGAUUCUGGCGGCAAACGGGAGUGAGAUUGUCGGGAUGGAUGUGAUGAGUAGUGGCACUACGGUUCUGUCUCCCGUUGCCGCGGCUACAGCUCUGCCUGCAGCAACAACGGCAUUCACUACCAACGCGGUAGAAACGUUCCGGCGACGACAACCUACUAGCGGCGGCGGCAGGGACUGCUCGCCCCUUCUUUUGUCUCCAAGCCCAGAAACAAUGGAGUUCGAUAAGAGCAAAUUUGAUUUGCAAUUAAAUCUGUGGGCGCUUCGGGUUCCAUGCCAACAUUGCAAAAUUGCUGCACGAAUAUUCAAUGGAUAUAUGCUCAACAGGCCCCGCAUAAAGCCUAUAAUGGAAGAUCCUACAAGUGAAAAGAACCGUUACUUAAUUUUAUCUGAAAACAUCCAAAGUGCAGAUCUAUCAGAAGUUCCAGCUCACAAGCUUGCUGAACUGAAAGCCCUUUGCAAGAUCGAAGUUGUCCCUUAUUCACUGACUUUGGGGUAUUCAUAUUGGAGUGCAGAGCAUAUACUAAAACAGAUUCUGCCUACUGGACUUGAAGUUCCAUCUUCAUUCGAGACAGUAGUCAUAUUGCUCAUUUGAACAUUACUGACGAGCUGCUUCCUUACAAGGAUGUGAUUGCAAAAGUAAUCUAUGAUAAAAAUUACCCCAGAAUCCAGACAAUUGUCAAUAAAGUUGGAAGCAUCACAAAUGAAUUUCGAGUUCCAAAGUUUGAAGUGCUAGCGGGGAAAGCUGAUAUGGUUACUGAGGUAAAGCAAUACGGAGCGACAUUCAAGCUUGAUUAUGGAGUGGUGUAUUGGAAUUCAAGAUUGGAACAUGAGCAUCUAAGGCUGGUCUCGCAGUUCAAGGCCGGAGAGACCAUAUGUGACAUGUUUGCUGGAAUUGGUCCAUUUAGUAUUCCAGCUGCACAGAAAGGUUGCAGAGUGUAUGCAAAUGAUUUAAACCCAGACAGUGUUUACUAUCUGAAGCUUAAUUCUGAAAUCAACAAGGUUAAGGAUCUAGUCUUUGCAUAUAAUAUGGAUGCGAGAGAAUUUGUAUCUCUACUGAUGGCUGCACCUUCCAGUGAAGGCAAUUUGGAAUCUGAUGUUCUGUUGCAACCUUCUACGACAAGCGAUCGCAUUGCUGCAAAUGGAGUAACAAUGUCUGAAGACAUAAGUGUAUCAGAUGAGUUGAAACAAUUUCCAGGCAAAAACUCAAAGAAUAUUGAGAGUGUUGAAGGGCAUGAUGACCCAUUUGUUAGGAUAGAGGCAAAUGCGACUGCUGCUAAAAGACAUUGUGAGAGUUCUCAAGGAAUUGAUGCUGUUGAAGGUAGCAGUCCUCUGGUUCAUACAGGAAAGAGAGGGACAAAUAAGAGGAUUAGAAUUUCGGAUCAAUUUGACACAAAUCCAUGGGAGCAUGUGGAUCAUGUUAUCAUGAACUUGCCAGCCUCUGCACUGCAAUUUCUUGAUGCGUUUAGAGGCCUAAUAGAAAGGAAACAUUGGAAGGGCUCUUUACCUUGGAUUCAUUGCUAUUGUUUCAUGCGCUCAACAGAGACGACAGAAUAUAUAAUUUCAGAAGCAGAAACUGCCUUGAAUGCUAGUAUACCAGACCCAAAACUUCACCGGGUUAGAGAUGUUGCUCCAAACAAGGCAAUGGUUUGUUUAAGUUUUAGAUUGCCAGAGGAAACCUGUAAAGAUCACAAAGUCAACCACAACAGCCCUUUAACUAAUGCUGAUUGACGGUAUUGGAAUUUCAUCACAUUAUUCUUUCUUAAGCUGCCUAAAACUUCUCUACUUUUUUUUUGUAAGAAUUCAUAGCGUUGACUAGUUUUAGACAAAUAAUUGAACCUAAUUUUCAUGCCAACCUGUUCAACUAGUCGGGAUUAAGGUGCUAGCUACUAAGAAACAAAGAUGGUAUUA